AGUGUCUCAUCGACUUUUGGGGAGCUUUCACCUACUUGUGUUCUCACUGUGCCGGCGCGAGCUUCCAGCUCGAUGAAAGACGAACUUUUGUGUGUGUCUUCUCGAGGAGAGUCCGAAUAUACGAGAACACUUGAAAUGAAUUCAGUUGUGACGAAAAUAAGCAAAGGAUAAAGAAAAAAAAAGUUGAAAAAGCUUCGUAAAGAAACAAAUCUGAGAGUCGAAGAAGCAGUACUUCAGUGCAAGUUUUCCUACUUGAUGUUUCUGCUUGAGUUAGUGGAGUGUAACGUGGUUAUCCAUCACGAUAUUACCAGAAUUUCUCGAAAGUGAUUGUAGAAAAUUUAAGAAAGUGCAGUAAUAAAUUUUCAAUAAAGCUAUAUUUUUGGUUUAAAAUGUUUAAAAUUUUCUUUCGUCACAGUUUUUCUAUUUUGAAAUUUUAACUUGAAUAUUUUUUUUUUUAUUUCAAAAAAAUGCUAUAUCUUUGAUUCUCAUCACGCCAUAAUCAAAAGAUAUUACCAUACAAGAGCUCCGGGCAAUAUAAAUUUGCCUGGGGGAGUUUUCGCAUAUCUAUAUUUGAAAAUAUAUUGAUCUCACCUUUGUGCAACCUUUGUGCACCUUUUCUGCAUAAUCGUGCUGAACUGUGCAACUUUAUGGGAAAGUUGGUAGAAAUUUCAAGAAAUCACCUGAAAGCGUAUGGAUAUUUUUGCUUAGUGCUUUCCACUGUCUAGACAUUUAUUGUUCCUCAUCGGAUACUUAUACCCAAGGGGGUGAAUAUCAGAUGAGAAGACGAAGCACAAAGUGCAGAGUUCACAAACUUAACAUUUUCAUCGGCAGAGAUACAUUCAAUUUGAAACAGUUCUGGGAAAAUAUAAACCACUCUGUGCUUUUGAAUAUUGCAACAGUAUCACAUCCUCCUACAUUACAUACUUGUGUCGGAAGAGACUGAAGAGACAUAUUUUCUUUUGGAUAUUCUACCUUUUAUGUGUGUUUUGUGUAUUUUGUGACGAAGCAAAAAGAAAACAAAGUAGAGAGCACAAAAAGGUAAACUAACCCCUCAAAUGCAAAUAAAGUGAAUUAAAGUGCUUGUGAAAGGAUGUUGCUUUAGCAUGGGGAGAAAGUAGAAAAUCCUAUUGAAAGCUUAAAGUUUUUUUUUGCCUCUAAGAAUAUCUUCAAUGUGAUAUUGGAUAGGGUGAAGGUGAAACUGGUGAAAGAGUAAUGUGAUCCCAUCAUUUGACCUCUAUAUCACAUAAGCAAAACCCCCAUAGCAGCUGCUCAGACGACGAAAAACCCAAACUCCUCCUUUGAGACGACGACACGACAGCGCGUCAAUUGAGUGAGGAGGCAACGAGGGAGAAAUGAUGAGGCUUCUGUGGAGUAUCAUCACAACAUUUUUCACAUUCUCCACACUAUGGCAAGGGGUUAUUUGCCUUCGUCUUGUACGAUUGGUGGUACCAGCUUACAAAUUCCGCGGAGAGUCAGCACUUCUAGAAUGUCAGUACGAAUUAGAAGGAAGUCGUGACAUAGGCUCUGAUGAUGGUUACAAUUACGCUAGUAAUUUUGAAAGUGACGACCGUGAGACGUUAUACUCUGUGAAAUGGUACAAAGACAACGAGGAGUUUUAUCGUUUUGUCCCUCGGGCAAAUCCUCCUCAGCACAGCUAUAAAGUUGAAGGAAUACGAGUAGAUCAUAAAUUCUCAGACAGCACCAGAGUCAUGCUCCGUGGCAUAACCCUCAAAUCAACUGGUGACUACCGCUGUGAGGUCUCCGCGGAGGCUCCGGAAUUCAAAUCGAUCCAGGCCGAGGGACGAUUAGAUGUGAUUUAUCUUCCAAAAGAUGGACCUCAUAUAAAGGGUGAGGAGGACCGUCAAUAUCAAGUGGGCGAUACGCUGAAACUGAAUUGCACUUCUGGGAAAUCGCACCCGUUCUCACUCCUGGAGUGGUUUAUCAAUGAUGAACAGGUGAAAGGUAGAAAUUCUCUUGUCAAUUAUCCACCAUAUCAGCAUCCACAUGGUUUAAUAACCACAAGAUUGGGUCUAAAUCUUGAGUUGGAGCCACGACAUUUUACUGAUGGGGCUGUACAUGUUAAAUGUGUAGCAAGUUUAUCGCCGGUUCUUUGGCGCGGCGGAAAAGAGAGCAUCGUGCAGAAAACGAGACAACAAAAUUUACUGAACAAUCGUGAAGCUAUGUUGCUGGUGCGCAGUAGAUCCUCAACAGUGUCAAGCAUGUCACGGCAUGGAGGAAUUUGUUUGAUAUUCCUCCACCUCUUGAUUCAACAUGGUUAAAGAGUACGCCUUGUGUAUGAUUAAUCUCCCUCUAAUGGGGUAUGUUGCACACGAAUUUUCCACCACACGAAGAAAUAUACCGCUGAAGGAGGAAUCAACAAUCAUAUUUUUAUAAAGAGUAAAAGAAAACAAAAAAGGGUAGUUAAAUAAGCAUUAUUAUAUAAAAUACUGUGAAAUGGUUAGAUGAAAAAAAAAAUGAAAGUUAGUGAAUGUACUUUAAAAUUAUGAAUAUUAAUAAUUUGUAUAUAAAGAGAUUAACGAAAUAUAAAAAUAUAAGUGCGAAAACAAUUUAUGAAAUAAAUGAAAUUAUAUAAAUACAAAUUCUUAUUAAUUGAUUACCUGUAGCUAAAAUUCUGUUAAUUAUAUUUUAAGGCAAUAAAUGUAUGUAUGUUUAUCUGUUAUUUGUAGGAAACUCUCAUAAAGACAAAAGAGAAAGAUUUAAGCAUCAAGACAGAGUAAAAGUAAGCAGUUUGUUGUUAAUUUUAUUUUUAUUUACCUAUUGAUAAUUAACCAAAAACUGAAAUCUAGCCCACAAAAUUGAUACGAAGUUCGUUCUAUGGUACCUUCUUGAAAAAUCCUAAAGAUUUUUUACUGCUUCAUCUUACUUUCUAUUUCACUUUCUUCGUCUUUCUCUAACGUCUUUAUGCAAAUUUUCUUGUUAUUUCAAAUCCUUCGUAACUUUUCGGAAUAAAACAGACUGAGUUAUUACAAAAUUUUUACUUUGAUUUAAAUUCCAGAGAAAAUUGUAGUAUAUCUAUCAUCUUCCCACAGAUUGUAAAAGCUAAAAUAGGAAUACUAUGAGGUAUGAAAGGAAGACAAUUUGAAUUAUGUAAAAAUGCCUUGAAAAAAUAAAAUA